AUGAAUGCUACUACAGAAAAUAAUAUGACUCGAAACGAAUCACAAGGACUAUUAAAUAAACUCCAAUCAUUAGAGACUUGCUUUAUGUGUAUAUUAUGGGGUUUCCUAUUGAAUAGAUUAAAUGUAGUUAGUGAGAAGUUACAAAAAGUUGAAAUAGAUUGUGGUCUCGUGGUUGAGCUUUACGAUUCUUUAAUUCAACUUAUUACAAAUACUCGUGAAAAUUUUGAUGAAUUUGAAAAAAAAGAAAUUGAAAAAUCUGUUACAAAAGAAUAUAAAGAUUUAAAAACUCGUAAAAAAAUUAAAUCAAUUUUUUAUGAUGAAACUCGACAUAAUGAUUUAAUUACUUCUGGAAGAGAAAAAUUUAAAAUUGAUACCUUUUUAGUAAUUUUAGAUCAUUUAUUGAAUGAACUUAACAAGAGAAGAGCUGCGUAUCAAAAUUUUUUUUUCCAUUUGCUUUUAUUGUCAUGCUCGAACGUCUAUCACAUGAUGAUAUUGUUAAAGGAGCUACACAACUUAAUGAAAUAUACUAUGAUGAUAUGGAUUUAA